UUAGAAUCAAAGUGUGCGUUGCUAUCAUGUGUGUACAUUGUUGACACUUGACAGGUAUGCACUUGUCCUCUAAGCAAGACGCCACGCACAUUCAACGAGAACCUUCUCCUGCUACGUUGCUUGCUCACAGAUUUGCAGCGCAAACUAGAAAGAAGAGUCCUCUGUGCCCCAACGCGCGCAUGCUAAUUUAGUGCCCCAAGAACCAGGAGACCAUUGACGAUGGCUUCACGUUUGCUGUAUUUUUCUUCCGCUAAAUGUCGUCUAUCUAGAUUUUCCUUCUCUUACAGGUUCUCCAGUGUUCAUGGUGAAAGGCCAACAUCUGAGUAUGCAAAGAUGAGGAAAGAAUCUUUGGAAGACAAAUUCGGACAUGCUCUUGGAACAUACAGAUCAAAAAGUGUAUCAUUACUAUACCACUUUGGCCCAUUCCUGGCUUUGUACAGAGCAGCAAUAAUCUCAGUCCAUGUGUUCAAGAUGUCCAUUUGGCAUUUUUUCGUGCACGACAUAAAAAAGCGAGCUAUUAAGUUUCGUCAAACACUCAUCAGCUUGGGACCUUUCUAUGUGAAGCUAGGACAAGCUCUGAGCACAAGGCCAGAUAUACUACCAACAGUAUAUUGCCAAGAACUUGCUAAAUUACAGGAUCAAAUUCCUCCCUUUGCAACACGUGUUGCAACUAAAUCAAUUGAGACCCAAUUAGGUCUCCCCAUACAUAAGAUUUUUGCUGAUAUUAGUGGGGAACCUAUUGCAGCAGCAUCUCUUGGACAAGUAUACAAAGUUUUUCAGCUCACUUGCACUCUGGAGAGCUCGUAGCUGUUAAAGUUCAGAGGCCUGGUAUGUCUCAUUUGUUGACACUUGAUGCCAUGUUAUUUCACAUGAUUGGGGGCCAAUUAAAAAGAUUUGCCAAGGCUCGUAAAGAUCUCUUAGUGGCUGUGAACGAGUUGGUGAGGCAUAUGUUUGAAGAGAUUGACUAUAUCCUGGAGGCGCAGAAUGCAGAACGCUUUGCAUCUCUUUAUGCGACUUAUUAUACUGAAAAUAUCAAUCAAGGGGGUGCAGAUGAUGAUAGUGCAACAAAUAUGAAGGUGAAUGGCAUUAAGGUUCCCAAAAUAUACUGGAAUCUUACUCGUAAAGAGGUUCUUACAAUGGAAUGGAUUGAUGGAAUAAAACUUACUGAUGAAAGUCGCCUGAGGGAUGCCCAUUUAAAUAGGAAAAAACUUAUUAAUCAGGGACUGUAUUGUUCUUUGAGGCAGUUGCUCGAGGUGGGUUUUUUCCAUGCUGAUCCCCAUCCAGGCAACCUUGUUGCUACUAAGGAUGGAUCUCUUGCUUAUUUUGAUUUUGGAAUGAUGGGAGAUAUUCCAAGUCAUUAUCGUGUUGGACUUAUAAGAGUGCUAGUGCAUUUUGUAAAUCGUGACUCGAUGAGUUUGGCAAAUGAUUUUCUCUCUCUCGGUUUCAUUCCUGAAGGAGUUGACAUACAAUCAGUUGCAGACGCCCUGCAAACAUCAUUUGGUGAUGGAAGUAGACAAUCUCAGGAUUUCCAGGCUAUAAUGAAUCAGUUAUAUGAUGUUAUGUACGAGUUCAACUUCUCUCUUCCUCCCGACUAUGCAUUGGUGAUACGAGCUCUAGGAUCACUAGAAGGAACUGCAAAGGUAUUGGAUCCUGAAUUCAAAGUGGUGGAGAGUGCAUAUCCAUUUGUUAUUGGAAGGCUUUUGUCAGACCCAAGUUCUGAUAUGAGGAGAAUAUUGAGAGAGCUUAUCAUCUGUAAUGAUGGAUCACUCAGGUGGAAUCGGCUGGAAAGACUGAUCGCAGCAAUAUCAAAACAGAUAACUGCUGCAGAUGGAGAAGCACAGCACAAUGACUCAAAUCCACUUGAACUUUCUUUUGACAUGCGUGCUGUAGUCGCUGCCACUGAGGAUCUUUUUUCAUUCAUAUUGUCGGAAAAGGGGUCGAGGGUGCGCGUGUUCAUUGUCAGGGAUAUAAUCAAGGCAGCUGAUGUUUUUCUUCAGGACGAAAUUCUGUAUGAUCUUUUCAGUGAGAAACCUCAUUCAAGGGAUAAGUUGAAGUCUGAGGGACAUGCAAUGCUACUGAGGGUGGCCAAGGGUUUUCAAUCUAUGGGACUAGCAGUGAAACUGGCUCCAGAACUUUGGAUUACCAUGCUUAUCCGCUUGGCUGUACGGUCCGAGUUUCAAGUAUUUGCGAUGGAUAUCGUUUCAGCAUUGGUUGAUCACUCCAACAAUAGAAUACCGUCUUCGUUUUGGAUCAUUAUCUCAAGACUAAUUCAUAAGUGCAAUUAAAAACUCUGAAAUGUUGUUAAUAAUGUUAUCCUCUUUUUGUUUUUGUUUUUUAUGUUUACCACAGUCCUCCAUAGUUUUGUCUCUGUACCAAGAAACCCACCUGAAUGCAAAAGUGGACAACUUCUUGCAUCCUCCAAUUAAAUUAGGUAGCAAAGUAGCAAACAUGUACAGGUUUGGAGCCUUACACUUAUAUACAGACCACUGCCGUUGUUUUUGCUUUGGACAGCUGUACAGGUUUUGGCUUCCACUUUGACCA